AUGAAUCGCCAAGAGUUCCUGCGGUGCGUGACGGAAGAAAUCAACCAUGCACUGGAAAAUGGCAUUGCCACCCGAUUGUUGGUACUUUUACCGCAGAAGCUGCGAGACACUGCGGUGAGCAGAAAGAAGUGUGACUUUGACAUUGAGUUCUUAGAUGAAGGCCUGCGACGCUGUGAAGCGCUGGUCUUGAAAUGCCCAUGCAGCAUUUGCGACAAGACCGUGCCCGGUGACACCCUUUGCAUGCCCGAUUGUUCGGUGUCGAAACGCAAACUUCUGAUGAACGUUCUCGCACGUACAGCACUUGAUUUUGACCCCGCGCGAUACAGCCAUGGGGACAUCACCAGGCUUGUGGUUGCAAGGCACUCGGAUGCAUGUCGAUCACGCUUGGAGCGGAGAAGCUUUGCAAGGGCAGUGAUCCAAAGAGCCAAGCGAGACAUGCAUGUUGCCGCCUCUCGAAAACGAACUCAGCGCAUUGAAGCUUUGCGUGAUGCCAUGGGUGCAGGCGCUUUCUCCGAAAUGGUCAGUCGUCAGUUGUGGACCCGGCGCACUCGCGGAAGCAGUCCCUCGGGGGGACAGGAUUGGGCCCAGACACUUCAGUGGUGGCACUCUGAUGAGGGCAUGAUGUACUGGAACCCGCCGCCACAACCACACCCGCAGCAUGUUUCUGAUGUCUUGCGGCGUGGAUUAAGCCGAGGCCUUCCAGGUUGCUUUCCGGUGCCAGUGGAGAAAACAUUGGAAGUGCCAAAGUCAGUGGUGCCCUAUUUGGCAUUGAGAAUCACAGAUUGGCUUCAAGAGCGACAAGAGGAGCGUUUUCCAGGGCUCAAAAGCCGAUGUUUUAUGUCUGGCCGCGUGAAUUUCAACAGGGAGGAUGGUGAGAGAGUGCCGAGUGUUCACAUCUCUUGCAAACAACAUAUGGGUGACAACCUCGUUUUGCUAGACGCGGCGUCUCUGGAGAAUUUGAUGCCGGGAGAUGUGGUGGUGCCCCGCGCCCUGCUGAAUGUGAACGGCAGAGUUGUGGCAACCGUUGCUUGGGAGGACGUGGCGCUGGCCUUGCCAAGACCACACGACAAGUUUGAUGUCUACCUUCGAGGCAAUAUGCCGCCAACUUCCAGACUUGCAGUCGGAUGGGAUUUGACCAACACCUUAGAGGAGGCAGAGCUCCACAUUGUUUGGCUCUGUCUUUGGGGCCGCAGCAUGGAGCUGGUCGUGAAACUGGUGGGCACGGAGGAUACGGCGGGGAAUGCCACAGAUGAGACCUUGCAGGAACUAUGGCAGAGUUUGUCCAACGACUUGGCGUCUCACUAUGCUCCCAUGUACCAGCGCUUUCUUGUGAGGCGACGCCUUUAUGUCGACUUGGAAGAGAGAACCACGGCAGCUCUUCGGUCCCUCAUGCAAUGCACGCGCAGUCUUGUGCAGCCCAUGGUCCGAGGGAUUGGCCGGUGCUUGAGACGAGUGGAAGAGUUGCUUCAGGAGUGGUUCCUUUCUCCUACAUCCAGGGCUAUGCGCACACUGGGAAGAUGGAUUGAACAAGCAGUCAACUGGAUUUGCCGCGACCGGAUCUUACCCUGCUGCAGAUGGGCAUGCCGUGGACUUUCUUCCAGUCUUGUGCAGCCCAUGGUCCGAGGGAUUGGCCGGUGCUUGAGACGAGUGGGGCAGUUGCUUCAGGAGUGGUUCCUUUCUCCUACAUCCAGGGCUAUGCGCACACUGGGAAGAUGGAUUGAACAAGCAGUCAACUGGAUUUGCCGCGAACGGAUCUUACCCUGCUGCAGAUGGGCAUGUCGUGGACUUUCUUCCAGUCUUGUGCAGCCCAUGGUCCGAGGGAUUGGCCGGUGCUUGAGACGAGUGGGACAGUUGCUUCAGGAAUGGAUUGAACACGCCACGGCAUGGCGCCGACGAACGUGUGGAGCGAUGGCGGGCAGGCUCCGACACAGAGUGUCGCUGAUCAUCGAGCCUUUUCAGCGUCGCUUCCGUGGAAUGCAGUGCCAGUGCCAGAUCCCAUUCCAACACAGACAGGGAAGACGCUGCGGCCACGCCUUGCACAGUGCCUUGCAGACGACCUGGAGGGUACUGAAGCGCUCAGUCGACUGUGUGUCGACGUCGUGCAAAAAGGUGGUUCAGCGACUUUGCCCACAACGGGAGCCCCGGCAACCUCGCUUAGCCCGAGUGCGCAGACAUGAUGAGCGCAACUCUCUCAUUCCAAGAGUCUGA